AUGUCUAGUGAAGGUGCUGCCGACUUUGCCCUAAAAGCACUUUUUAUGUCAACCUUUUAUGAUAAGUGGUGUGGAGGGACUCUACAUGUUUAUCAUGUGCAUGAAAAUGGAUAUCAAGAGAAACGCAGCCUCGAUGCUUUAGAAGUCUACUCGCGAUAUUACAACAUUUACGACCUUUACACAUAUGAACCAAUGACGUUUUUGUUGCUGUAUUCUACAGAUUACCAACCCAUUGCUGGCGAUGAUCUCAUAAACCUCGGAUCAGAUGAAGGGCUAGUGGCAGCUCAUCUUGUAGCAAAGAAGCGAGACUUUAACAUCCACCGCCUCGUGUUCAACUCUGAGAAUGAGGCUUCAACAGCAUACGAAGCUAUUGCUAAAGUUGAGCCUAGAGGUGCAUCUAGGUUCCCGCGUCUGCAAAAUUUUCGUCUUUGUGAAUUAAAAAUAAAGAGUAAAAGAGUUCCAGUAUAUGUCCAAAAAAGCUCAAGCGAAUUGUUGCAAAGCAUAUGCGAAUUGCCUCCAGCUCCAGAGACCAACCAAUGUUGGCUGCCACGCAUAAUCAGAUUGCCUUCAUGUUUCGGGUGUGCAUGA